AGGAAAUCAGGAUUAGAGCUGAGUGACCUGCAGAGGUUUUAGUCAGCAGUAAACACCUGUGUACCUGCUGGAUAUAAAAGAGAGAGCAGGUUUUAGCUGACCUCAGCACACAGCCUGCAGACACACAAGAGGAUGAUUUCCCGGGUUAGCAGAGGGAUGUUUCUCCUCUUGAUGAGUUUUUUUCUAGGAACCUCAACUUUCUUCUGGUCCUUGGCCCCUGCAGCGGCCUUCCAGCUGCCGUACUGCCAGCCGGUCAAGCAGAGGUUGUCUCUGCAGAAGGACGGCUGCUCCGGCUGCCACAUGGUGGAAACCACCGUCUGCAGCGGCCACUGCUUCACCAAGGACCCCCUGAUGAAGAUCCGACCGAUGCAGUACCAGAAUGUGUGUACGUACCGGGACUUCUACUACAAGACGUUCGAGCUCCCCGACUGUCUGCCCGGCGUUGACCCGACGGUCUCGUACCCCGUGGCUCUGAGCUGCCACUGCGGAGCCUGCAUCAUGAACACGUCCGACUGCACCUUUGAGAGUCUGCCGCCAGACUUCUGCAUGAAGCACGAGUCCUUCUACUAUUAGACUGGAGGAACAGAACCUUAAAGAUCCAUUAGCUUUAGAAAACAGAGAUUUGAGAUGUUUUUUUAAAUAUUUUG